UGUUUUCUGCACGCAUUCAGAAGCGAAAAUGGCAGAAAGAGGAUACAGUUUUUCCCUUACUACAUUUAGCCCAUCUGGUAAACUAGUCCAGAUAGAAUAUGCCUUGGCAGCUGUAGCAGCCGGUGCUCCAUCUGUGGGAAUCAAAGCUUCAAAUGGGGUUGUGCUGGCAACAGAGAAGAAACAAAAGUCAAUUCUCUACGAUGAGACGAGUGUCCACAAAGUUGAGCCUAUUACCAAACACAUUGGCAUGGUGUACAGUGGCAUGGGUCCUGACUACAGAGUUCUGGUCAGAAGGGCCAGGAAGCUGGCCCAGCAGUACUUCCUAGUGUAUCAGGAGCCCAUUCCUACUGGGCAGUUGGUACAGCGGGUGGCAUCUGUCAUGCAGGAGUACACGCAAUCUGGAGGUGUGCGUCCUUUUGGAGUCUCACUGCUCAUUGCUGGGUGGGAUGAGGAUCGACCAUACCUUUUCCAGUCUGACCCAUCGGGGGCAUACUUUGCCUGGAAAGCCACAGCUAUGGGAAAGAACUAUGUCAAUGGGAAAACAUUCCUUGAAAAAAGGUACAACGAAGAUCUGGAACUUGAAGAUGCUAUUCACACAGCUAUCUUGACCCUGAAGGAAAGCUUUGAGGGUCAGAUGACUGAAGAUAACAUUGAAGUGGGCAUCUGUAAUGAGUCAGGCUUUCGAAGACUGUCCCCUGCAGAGGUUAAGGACUACCUGGCAGCAAUCGCAUAAACUGACAGCACUACUACUGUUUACUUUACUGUUUGACUUUUUUUUUUUUUCCUAGUUGGGUUACUCCACAUGAAACCGGUUUGAGCAACUGUCUUCGCAGUAUAGCAACAUUUUUAUUAUUUGUAAUCCUGAACUUUUGUCCCAUUCAUACAAAAACAACAAAGCCUAAUAAAACAUUGUAUAACAUACAAUUCA